AUGACGAUAUUCCAAACACACAUUUACUCAAUUUGAAACGAAACAUUACGUAACUUUAGAUUUUUUUUGUUUUUGUUGGUCAAAUUAUAAAAUAUGUUCAUGAUAAUCUGUCAAAAAUUGUUGUUAGUUGUCAAAAACGUAACCUAACUUUUUGUUGUGUUACUGAUGAAUGCACGUGUUUGAAACUAUUUGAGCCAUGUCUGAAUUUGAGGCGGAAACCCCCAUUAGGGAAAAGAAAAAGAAGAAAAGUAAAAGUGACAAAGACUUGGGUAAUAUACAAAAAUCCUCCGAAUUUGCUGUUGAACCCUCUUCAGUGAUUGCAAAAUUGGAUAGUUCUAAAUGGCCCCUUUUGUUAAAAUAUUUUGACCGUUUAAAUGUCAGGACAAACCAUUAUGUCCCUUUACCGUUUGGUUCUUCGCCUUUACGACGAGAAAUUUCUGAUUAUGUUAAAUCAGGUUACAUAAACCUCGACAAACCUAGCAAUCCAAGUAGUCACGAAGUCGUUGCUUGGAUUAAAAGGAUUUUAAAAGUGGAAAAAACAGGUCAUUCAGGCACUCUAGAUCCAAAAGUCACAGGAUGCUUAAUUGUGUGCAUUGAACGUGCAACAAGACUGGUAAAGUCUCAACAAGCUGCAGGGAAAGAAUACGUUGCUGUGUUUAAAUUGCACUCAAGUGUUCCAGGAGGGACCCCAAAGGUGCUCCAAGGAUUGGAGAAACUUCGAGGGGCUUUAUUUCAAAGACCUCCACUCAUUUCAGCUGUUAAAAGACAAUUGAGGGUGCGCACAGUCUAUGACAGCAAAUUGUUUCAAUAUGAUGAAAGCCGAAAUAUGGGUGUUUUUUGGGUUAGUUGUGAAGCUGGUUCUUACAUUCGUACAAUGUGUGUUCAUUUGGGUUUGGUUUUGGGCGUUGGGGGUCAAAUGUUGGAACUCCGAAGAGUUCGUUCAGGAAUUCAAAGCGAAAUGGACCAAAUGGCCACAAUGCAUGAUGUUUUAGACGCUCAAUGGCUUUACGAAAAUCACAAAGAUGAAACUUACUUACGACGAGUGAUUCGACCCUUGGAAGGCCUUUUAAUAAAACACAAAAGAAUAAUAAUGAAAGAUAGCUCUGUAAACGCUGUUUGUUAUGGGGCUAAAAUCCUACUACCGGGUAUUUUACGCUACGAAGAUAAUAUUGAACUAAAUGAAGAAAUUGUUAUUGUAACAACAAAAGGGGAAGCUAUAGCACUAGGUGUUGCACUGAUGACUACAGCAACAAUAGCUAGUUGUGAUCAUGGAGUUGUUGCGAAAAUUAAACGUGUUAUAAUGGAAAGAGACACUUACCCCCGAAAAUGGGGCUUGGGGCCACGUACAAGUCAGAAAAAAAUUCUUAUUGCAAAAGGACAACUCGACAAGUAUGGAAAACCGAAUGAAAAUACACCAAAAGAGUGGUUGAAUAGCUACGUUGAUUAUUCAGUCAAGAAAGAAGAAGACGUUAAAGAUGAAGAGGAUGAGAAAAAACGCAAAUUAGCAGACACGUCGAUGCAAUCUGAAGCAAGUCCAAAAGAAAAGAAGAAAAAACGAAAGACAGUCGAGGCUGAAGUUUCAGUUUCAGAAGAAACUGCCGAAGAUAAUGGGGAGGAAAAGAAGAAGAAGAAGAAAAAGAAAAAGGAUAAGAACAAAGACAGGGAAGAAGAGGAAGCUGAAUAAACUACUUUGUUUUGUCAUUUUUUUAUAUUGUAGGACUACAAUACUACAAAAUAAUUAAGUUUUAUUUCCUUUCUAAGAUAAAAAUGGUAGUGUUAAGCGAAAAUAAAUGCAAUUUUAUCAGA